AUGCAUCUUGGGACACACAAGCUGGACAUGGUGAACUGCAGAGUGUCUGACUCCGCCCUGCAACAGAUCCGCUGUCCGCAGCUCCGGACGAUCCUUCUGCGGGGCCAACCCAGCAUCACCUCAGAUGGUACCUACAGUGGGGAAAAAAAGUAUUUAGUCAGCCACCAAUUGUGCAAGUUCUCCCACUUAAAAAGAUGAGAGGCCUGUAAUUUUCAUCAUAGGUACACGUCAACUAUGACAGACAAAAUGAGAAAAAAUUAUCCAGAAAAUCACAUUGUAGGAUUUGUAAUGAAUUUAUUUACAAAUUAUGGUGGAAAAUAAGUAUUUGGUCAAUAACAAAAGUUUCUUAAUACUUUGUUAUAUACCCUUUGUUGGCAAUGACACAGGUCAAACGUUUUCUGUAAGUCUUCACAAGGUUUUCACACACUGUUGCUGGUAUUUUGGCCCAUUCCUCCAUGCAGAUCUCCUCUAGAGCAGUGAUGUUUUGGGGCUGUCGCUGGGCAACACGGACUUUCAACUCCCUCCAAAGAUUUUCUAUGGGGUUGAGAUCUGGAGACUGGCUAGGCCACUCCAGGACCUUGAAAUGCUUCUUACGAAGCCACUCCUUCGUUGCCCGGGCGGUGUGUUUGGGAUCAUUGUCAUGCUGAAAGACCCAGCCACGUUUCAUCUUCAAUGCCCUUGCUGAUGGAAGGAGGUUUUCACUCAAAAUCUCACGAUACAUGGCCCCAUUCAUUCUUUCCUUUACACGGAUCAGUCGUCCUGGUCCCUUUGCAGAAAAACAGCCCCAAAGCAUGAUGUUUCCACCCCCAUGCUUCACAGUAGGUAUGGUGUUCUUUGGAUGAAACUCAGCAUUCUUUGUUCUCCAAACACGACGAGUUGAGUUUUUACCAAAAAGUUCUAUUUUGGUUUCAUCUGACCAUAUGACAUUCUCCCAAUCCUCUUCUGGAUCAUCCAAAUGCACUCUAGCAAACUUCAGACGGGCCUGGACAUGUACUGGCUUAAGCAGGGGGACACGUCUGGCACUGCAGGAUUUGAGUCCCUGGCAGCGUAGUGUGUUACUGAUGGUAGGCUUUGUUACUUUGGUCCCAGCUCUCUGCAGGUCAUUCACUAGGUCCACCCGUGUGGUUCUGGGAUUUUUGCUCACCGUUCUUGUGAUCAUUUUGACCCCACGGGGUGAGAUCUUGCGUGGAGCCCCAGAUCGAGGGAGAUUAUCAGUGGUCUUGUAUGUCUUCCAUUUCCUAAUAAUUGCUCCCACAGUUGAUUUCUUCAAACCAAGCUGCUUACCUAUUGCAAAUUCAGUCUUCCCAGCCUGGUGCAGGUCUACAAUGUUGUUUCUGGUUUCCUUUGACAGCUCUUUGGUCUUGGCCAUAGUGGAGUUUGGAGUUUCUCAAUUUGUCUGUCAUAGUUGACGUGUACCUAUGAUGAAAAUUACAGGCCUCUCUCAUCUUUUUAAGGGGGAGAACUUGCACAAUUGGUGGCUGACUAAAUACUUUUUUCCCCCACUGUACCUACCAAAUGUAACAAUUUCUGUGUUAAAAAAAUUAUUAUAAUAAUUGACACAGUUUAUUUUUCUGUUAGUCAGCACUUCUACCAACAUUCUUGGAUAUGCACCAGCUUUUUGCUGGACCAUCACUCUGUUUACAAUACAUUUACAAUACAGUACAUUACAAUGAACAUCAUAAUACAAUAUGUCGCCGUUGAUAAUGGCUGACCCUAGCUGUGACCCAACUCUCCGAGGGUGUCUCAGGGGGAGUUGGGAUAUGCAAAAAACACAUUUCUAAUUCACACAUGCAUAUGAUACUCAUUUGUACAUUUGUGAAAUAGGACAAAUAUAAGCACCCACCAAAUAAUAAAAAUAUAUAAAUAUAUUAUAACACAAUAUGACAUAUGAUGUGAUCUAACACAAUACAAUUACAUUGCUCUAUACAAUUAACAUGUUGAUUGGUCGGUUCUCUGUAGGUGUGAGGGCUCUGGCGGCCUCCUGCCCAGGCCUGCAGGUGGUGGACCUGACUGAGUGUACUGCAGUGACAAAUGAGGGGGUCCUGGCGCUGGCCCAUGGCUGCAGUUCGCUGGAGGUCCUCUCCCUCUGGGGCUGCUCUGCUGUGGGAGAUGCCGCCCUGCUGGCACUGGCAGGGAACUGCAGGCUUCUCCAUAGCCUCAACCUCUCGGGAACCAAGGUAAUUCAAUUGAGUGAGUGAACUGCUUAUUAAGUUUUCACUACAGAUUGGAUGACAUAUCUCUCUAAUAAACUUAAACCCUGGGUUUAAGACUGAAGUUUUUGUGAAGGCUGCGCUCCUCCUAUUCCUAAUAUUUAGAUUAUCUUAGUAUAACAGGAAUUUAUGGUUUAUCCCUCUGGACGGAGCAUUACCAGGUUGGUACUUUGACGCUUUAGAAGAGGAACAUUUAAUUUGUCAUCUUAUAUGGCCUGAAGAAGGGACAGGUCAUCCUGUUCCUCUUAGUAUCUGUAAGAUUGCUCAAUCACACAGUUUCAUGUUGCCCUUUUCACUUAAUCAGUCUGUUUUAUAACUGUUUCUAAACUGCCCUGUUCUAACUGAGAUCAUAUGCUCUUUGUUUCAGGUUACAGAUGAGGGUGUCAUUGGGCUGGCUACUGCACCAUGCUCUAACAGUUUGAAGGUAAGAAGACCAACACAUGUGCAUAUGAAAAUAAUUAACUCAGAGGACAAUAAACUCUGUCCCUUUAUGCUUUUGUUGUGUAGAUCUUGUCUGUUCAAACUUAAAAUGAUCAAUUAAUACCCCUGGUAUAGUAUAAGUGUGCAAAAAAGUAGGUCUGUGCACAAGUUCUUCAAGGUGAUUGCUAUGGCAGGAGCAACUUAGUAUUGCGUAGAGGCGUCACUACAGACCCUGGUUCGAUUCCAGGCUGUAUCACAAUCCGGCCAUGAUUGGGAGGCCCAUAGGGCGGUGCACAAUUGGCCCAGCGCCGUCCGGGUUUGGCCGUCAUUGUAAAUAAGAAUUUGUUCUUAACUGACUUGCCUAGUUAAAUAAAGGUUACAUAAGACACAUGUAAACACUGCACAUUUGGAAAGAUAACGUCCAGCCUUGAUUCAAGUCUUAGUUUAUUUGUUUUUAUAGAAAGACUUCCAAGUGUGCCGUUUUCCCAUGUUUUUUUUGGAGCCAGAUUAUUAUGUCUAGGCAGACAGGGAUCUCUAAAUUAUAUGAUUUGAUGUGAUGUAGGAACUCCAGUUGGCCCGAUGUCGUAACCUGACAGGCAAGGCGGUGAGGGCUGUCCUUACAAACUGCCCCAACGUCCGGAUCUUUACCUUCGAUGGAUGUCCUCUCAUCACUGGUGAGCUUUUAGCUCAAAGUAUAAGUUGUCUACUAUAACAGCGUUAAGAACGUACCGUAAGAUCACUCCACAGCUAAUUUGAAAUGUCGCCGAUGGAGUUAUCAAAAUAAAAAAAAAUUGAUAGCUCAAACGGUUGGUACGUUGAGGGCGGUCACAUGUGUCUGCGAGCAGAGCCCCCGGUAUGGGGACCGGGACAGUGGAGGAAAAUAUACUGUUAGCAGCACCCUGACGUCCAUUUCACUAGCCCAGUCCAGAUCUGUAUGUGUGUUUAUAAAUUGGUAUUCAAAAGACAAUUGUGGUAAAUUCACAACUGUAUAGCUAUAUGUCACGAGAAUUUUACUAUCUCAAUUGUUGAACUCAACUGUCACUCAAGCUUUGAAUAAUUCCCAGAGGUUGUAAGGCUCUAGUUAACAAUGAAUUAAACAAAGUCCCGUCUGCAAUAGAUCAGUAUUUUAUUCAUGAGAGCUCUGAAAAUCAUACAAUGAACAAUGUUUUUUAUACCUUUACUACGCCCCUAAGUGGGCCAAUGAAAAAGCUCCUUGCCCAUAUAUAGGCAACUCUCACAUUUCUCUGUAAGCUUUUACAACAACCUAUUUGUUUCUUCUUGUAUCUAUUUCACACUCCAGCUGUGUUCGUGUGGUUGCUUUUCUGUUUCCUCCAGUAUCAGGUCACACAUGCACAGACUUCCUUGACUGGUUUCACAAGACACAAAUACUCUGUUGCUGGGCAAAUAUGCAUCUUAUACAAGAACAUAUGAUUAACUCUCUAAGCUCUCUCACUGUCCUCACCCUAGAUGGGGACAUGUUUUUCAGUGUUUAGUUUCGCAUCCUGUUUUCUGUUGUUGGUUUCACAGUUGGACUCUGCUUGCAUGGAUAUAAAAAUAAGUCGAUGCCCUAGUUGUACUUCUAACUAAGCUAAACACGAUUAUAUAUAACACAGAUUAUAGUCUUAUGAUUCUAUCACAUUUCUACAGUUUCGGGGUGGAAUACUUUAGUCAUCACCUUAAACAUACACAUCUUCUAUCAAUAUAACCCGAACCUCCUUUGUCUUUCAGAUCAAGAGGCCCUGCACAACCUUUUAGACCCAGAUAAGUUCCAACAGGUAUCAUGGACAGUGUACUGAGGGAAAAGUUACCCAUAAAUGCAGACCUAGGAACAGAUUACCCUACCCACAAUCCUAAACCUACCCAUUAGAUUAUCUGACCCUGGAUCAAGGAGUUAGGAGCAACUUCUACCUACUCCAAGGGAGCACUGAGGAGGAGGGCUGGAAAGAAAAGACACUUAAACUCCUUCAAAUGAUCUAAGCUUCUGGGACCAAAGUGACGGCACUGGGCUCAUGGCUGUUAUUUAUAUUCCGCUAAACAAAAAAACACCAGUCUCAGUAAAUCUCAGUUUUGUAGUGUGAUUAUCAUCAAUAAGUGGUUGAAGAUUGUCAAGUUGCGUCAAUUCAAAUCUGGU